AUGGACCCCGAGCCUACUCUCCCUCUCGAGCGCUCCGUCUCGCAGCACAGCGCAACCUCCGCGAGCUCCAUCGCCGCCUCCGAAGACAAGUCGCUGACGAGCUUCCCCUCCUUCUCCCCCGACUCGCCACGGGGCGAACACGCCUUUCCUCCUCCGCCACUGACCCCGGAACCCGAAGCCCCUCCCACCGUACGCAAAAUCUCCGAUGCCAGGUCAGGGCCCAUCUCCCUGCUGGGAAAUUUGACUGGCUCCUCUGCCGAACAAGCGGCUCGCGAUGCGCUGUUCGAGGACUCGCCCCUUUCCACGCACAAGAUACCUGGUGCCCUUCACCACUCGGACGACGAGCACAUUGGGCGUCUCAUUGCCAGGCAUGGAGCCGUUGCGCUCGUCAGGCAGGUUGCGACCGAUCUGGCACAGCGCGAUGCCCAGAUUGCCCAGUUAAGGAGGAAGGCCGACGAAAGGGAGAGGGCUUUGCGGAAGAUUAUACUGGAAUGCGGCUUAUCUAAUCUCGACCUCGAGAAGAGACUCAGGACGAUCGAAAUCGAGGUCAAGACCGAACGCCCCGGCAACCGCCGCAACGAGAGCGGCCUGUCUGAUCUCAUGAGCGAUGCCAUGCAGGAUACCGUCAACGUCAACGUCUUUGGGCAGACCGAUGGCAACGACGCAACGAUCCGCGCUAGCAACCUAUCCAUGCCCUCCAACCCUGAUGGAAGAGGGACCGCGAGAGGAUGGAAGGAUUAUCUUUGGGGCGGAACCAGCAGGAAGGGCAGCAUGCCCAGCAGCGUCAACGGCGACGACAUCGGGAGACCCUCCACUGUCGUUCGGGCGCAGUCAACCGCUGACAGGCGGCCCGGCCUUCAGGACGACCUCUUCAGCCCACCCAGCGAGGCCGUACCGCCUGAGAGCGUCCCACCAAGAACACCCAGUCGAGCGUCUAGCAUCCAAUCUGGACCCCCUGGGUCGCGCAAAGCCUCGACUUCGGUCGCAGCCAGCCUCAUGAGACUGGUGGCCGGAGGGGCAAUCAACACGCGCGAGGGUGGUCCCAACCGCGGGAGGUCUAAUAGUGCUACCCAACCGCAGUCGCAGUCAACCCCGCGAGCGUCUUCAACUUCCAGCGCCAAAACCUCACAGUCCAGCCGAGCGGUCUCGACGGCGGGCGGCCCCAAGGCUCUCAUGGCCAUGCGCCGAACUACCGGCACCGUGAAUGCCCCUCCAGUCAACACCACCGCCAGGACCCAGCCGCAGGAGAGGUGGGACACUAUGGUGAACAGCCCGACGAAUGCGACCUCUAACCGCCAGGAGAGUUACGGCCCCGUCGAGAUGGAUGCAAUACUCCCACCCGAGACCCAACCGCCGACCUUGACGCAUAUCUACAACAAUUAUAUCGGAAGCGAGUAUCUGACCGAUCGUUUCGGGUUCAUUUACGAUCAACGUAGGAAGAAGAGGCAGCGCGAAUCUGCGCAGAUGGCUCGCCACUUUAAGCAAGGCGGCCGUGCCGAGAUGCUAUCAAAUGGCCGAUCAGACUUGACUUCGCCAAUGAUUGAAGAGGAAGAGGAAGUUCUCGCAAGUCCCGGUAGUGAAGAACGGCCUGGCAGCCCGUCGUCCACAGAGGAACGCGCGGGUGAGGGGAAGCCCAAGAAAUGGCAAGAUUACCUCAAGCUGGCCACAUUCCCGACUGAGCUAUUGUCUCACACCCCCUCGCUCGGCGCGCCAUCUCUGGAAGUAUUGGAGGGCGGAGAAUUGGGACUCAAGUCACCUGGACUCAUUGCAGCUGACGAGCGAGGAUUCGUCCCGAUUGCGAGCACGACAACAUCCGUCAUCGACAGCGAGGCGACGCCCCCGGUUGACACUGAUGCCGCCGCGGGAACGGUUGUCAGGGACGACACGGAACCUGUGAAGCUCCUUCUACAACACAUGGGCGAGCUGCACGAUUCUCUGCAGAGGGAUAAAGCGGCCCGUUGGAACGAAUUCUUGCGCAAAGUCAGGGCGGAGAGGAAGCGCGAUGGUGAGGCUGCAGCUGCAGCAGCCGCCGCGCUUGCCGAGGCUCGCUUUGAGCGGCCGGCCAUGACCAUCCCCGAAGCUGCCAUAGCUGAUGGCGAACUGAUUGGAACCACUGGCCUUGGGAACAAAGGCAAGGUCGGGCGCGCCAAGAGGUCGGAACUGAGGAACUUGGUUCUCGGUGGCAUCCCAGUCAACUUGCGCGCGAAGGUCUGGUCUGAGUGCUCCGGCGCCACCACACUUCGUGUCCCCGGAUACUAUCAAGACAUCAUCGCACGACCGGAUGAAGAUGAUGACCCGUUGGCAGUAUCCCAGAUCGACAUGGACAUCAACCGCACUUUGACUGACAACAUCUUCUUUCGCAAGGGACCGGGCGUGUCGAAGCUUAAGGAGGUGCUUAAAGCCUACGCCCGCCGGAACCCAGAGGUCGGCUACUGUCAGGGCAUGAAUCUCAUCGCGGCGAAUCUGCUGUUGAUAAUGCCGUCAGCAGAGGACGCAUUUUGGAUCCUGACCAGCAUCAUCGAAAACAUCCUGCCCUCCGGAUACUACGACCAUAGUCUACUUGCGUCUCGCGCAGACCAGCAGGUGUUGCGUCAGUAUGUCGUGGAUGUGCUCCCCAAGCUGUCUCAACACCUCGACGAUCUCAGCAUCGAGCUCGAAGCACUCACCUUCCAGUGGUUUCUCAGCGUCUUCACCGACUGUCUUUGCGCCGAGGCCCUGUUCCGCGUCUGGGAUGUGGUGCUAUGCAUGAACGACGGGAGCACGUUCCUGUUCCAGGUGGCGUUGGCGCUGCUCAAGCUGAAUGAGACGCAGCUUCUGCAGUGCGACACGCCGGCGAGCGUGUACACGUACAUCAACCGCCAGAUGACCAACCACGCCAUCAGUAUCGAUAACAUGAUCAAGGCUUCUGAUGCUCUGCGGAAGCUGGUGAAGCGCGAGGAUGUGGAGGCGCGUCGCGACAAGGCGAUUCAGGCGGAGAAGGAUGUUGCGAGGCAGAGAGAUGAGAUGAAUGCGGCCAAAAAGGCGUCCAAGGCGAAUGGGAAUGGCAACGGCAACGGCAACGGACAAGAGGAGAAUGGGGCAGUCGAGCCGGAUUUGGAUGUUCGUGAGCCCAUGCCGAUUGAGCAAGAAGUGCAGACGUGA